GGCCGUACAUUAUGAGGAAGCAUGGUAGUUUGGAAAUGGCGUUGGAUUUUUAUUUUUGCUGUACAAAUUAUGUGGACUGUGGAACAUAGCAGCACAAAUACUCAGUCAUAUGAUUUAUAAUGGUUACAAGUUUCUAGAUGAUAAGGGAGCAACAGACACCGCGCUUGGAAGAUAAUCGUGAAAGUUCUCCUUUUCUUUCUUAAUGUAAACAGUUCGUGUUCAUCUCUGAGCACCAAAAUCCAUUUUCUAUUAUUACAAAACGCUCGAAUAGCACACAAGCCUAGCGCUUUGAGGGAUAAGAUAAAAUAGUUCUUGCUGUCGUUGUGGUAAACAAGGGUUGCUGAAGUAAAAUAGCUUUACGUCAGCAGAGCAUACAUCAAAAUGUCUGAAAAUAACGCAAAAACUUAGUAGCUGAUAUUUUUUUACGGACCUUGAGUAGGUGAAAAGGAGCCGUAUUAAUAUUUUCUUGCAUCCGCAAGUUACGGUUUUGUGAAUAGUCAUGGAAAGGAACAUGUCUAAUGCUUGUAAGUGCUGACAAAAAUACAGUCAUGGCUGAAGGUGGGGAGGAGUGUGAAUUACAACAACUUGUGCCUCCUGACGAUGACAGCCGUUUACAAACUAAAUCAGGAGAAGUUACUCCGCCUGUUACCCCUGGAAUCAGCAAAGUCACUCAGACAUCUCCCACAUCGCCAGUGAGCAAUAAGGUUUCAUCAGGGGGAGGCAGCAUCCACGGCUCAGCGACGUCACGUACACUAAAUAGGACAGCAACUGCUCCUUCGAUAGGAAAUACCCCUUUAACAGGAACUGUUGCUGGCAGCCAGCCUUUGCGGUUGCUGUUUAUCAAUGAGAAGCUUAGCCAUGAGAAGCUGAGCCGUGGUCCAUCAUUGUCAGAUGCAGGCAGUGCUCGUCAGUCGAGAGAUACACGCCUAAAUCCUGCUGCAGCACGUCUUCACAACACAAAAAGAGUGGUGAAUUUGCGUCGCUCGUGUCAACACCACUCUUUUCUCUCAGAUGUCACAGAUGUGAGGUGUAUGGAAACUGCUCUGCUUCACCUCCUUGAAGAUUUCCACUCAGGGAAGCUUCGAGCAUUUGGAAAGGACUGUAGCAUGGAGCAGAUGACAGGCAUCAGGGAACAACAGGAACAUCUUGCCCGUUUACAUUUUGAUUUAGGUGCACAGCAAGAACUUUUCCAACCACUAAGUGAUGAGGGACUACGCGCUGGACAGGAAAAUAUGCAACGUCUUAUGGACAGACUAGAGCAGCUUAGCAUUUCAAUUGAGAGGCUACAUUCGUUUUCUAGUGACAGCCAUGAUAGCUGUUUGUUACAGGAUUAACAUACAGUAAGAACUGUCUAUGCAAUUGUGUGCACCAUUAUCUUUGGCUGAUCAUUUUGAUUUCCAUGCAUAAUUUGAUGGAAAAGUAUUUUGUAAAUAAUUCUGUUUACUUUGUUAUUGUUUGUGUAUGAAAGAAACUGACAGUGAGAUGUAUAAA